ACUGGUGGAGAGACUCGCAGAAAGAGCGACGGAGAGAGGGGAAGCUGAGGGAGAGAGCUCGCCAAACGGGACGGGAAUCCAAGUUUUUACCACUUGACCCGUCUUUUUAAGUCCUUUCGCGUCGCUUUUUGCGUGUCUCGGAGGCGACGCGCUCACUUUGUGCGUGUUUUUACGCGGAACUCCGCCGCCGGGAGCCCGUUUGUUUUGGAUUAGCCAGCUAGCUGUUUUCCCCCAUCAGCUAAUCUGAGGAGAGGAACGGGCGGCGUGGUGGAGACUUUUCUCAAUUCACGGCACCGUACGGGUUAAAAAAAAAACAACACAACGUUAUUUCAGUCUUUUCGCCGGUGGACGGAGAACAAGUCGCCUCCCAAGUUUUUUUUUUCGUGUGUGUUGUGUUUUUUUUCCAAGCCCCCCUCCGCCGUUUUUCCUUUUCGCCCGUUUUAUGGGUCCGUUUGCGGCGUGGUGGUCAGCGGGGGUGAAGGAGUUCAGAGGAAGGUCGUAGCCGGGAAGGCUGCACGUUUUUCCUGCCGAGGAGUUUCCUGGGAUGUGCCGCUGAAUAAAAAGGAGGAAGCACCGGGAGAUACACGGACUUGUGAGCCGCUAACCACCCCCAGAUCUGGCUCACCUAUCCGGGGAGCUUCAUCCACAACUUGCGCAGCCGGAGCGGAGCUGCACGACACGAAUCCUCGCUUUGGAGUUUGUUGUUUUUUUUCUUUUUACCGCAGAGAAAUGUUUACAGCUUCUUCUGGAACCUCCAAGCUAGCUGUCUUGGGAUAUCAGUGAUUAUUUUUUAUUAUUUUUUUAAAAUUAUUUUUAUUAAGCGUAGCAUCAAAAUUAAACAGAUGAACGCGGACUGUCGCCUUCGCUUAUGGAAAAUGAAGAUUUUUACGCGCACAUGUGUCGCCAGAACCCAAGAUCACGUUAUUUAGUGGCCUUCGUCUUUUCCAGGGCUCAGACAUCAUCACAAACUUGGCUGGGAAGAUAAUCAGAAAUACAUUAACCUCCCCCCGGUUUACGGGGGGCAACCGUGAAUCCGUUUCGGCUUUAUUGGACCUUUGGGGGUUUUUCCUACUUUUUGAAAUCCCAGUGACUCUGAAAUAAACAUUUGUUGUUUUUUUUAUUUUGAGGAGCUUCAAGAGGAUCCUCUCCGGGCAAAAUGAGGCUAAAGCUGCGAGCACAAAUGGUGUUUUUUAUCAUCUGCACCUGCAUUAUUUGCCAGUGUGGACUAAUAAACGGAGAAAUCUGCCAGAGCAAAGACAUCCGGAACAAUGUGACCAACCUCCAGUCUCUGGAGAACUGCACCAUCAUUGAGGGCCACCUGAAGAUCCUGCUCAUGUUCAAGACCAAGACGGACGACUUCCGGGGCCUCAGCUACCCGAAGCUGCGGGUGGUGACCGAUUACGUGCUGCUGUUCCGGGUCUACGGCCUGGAGACGCUGUCCGAGCUCUUCCCCAACCUGACGGUGAUCCGCGGCAACAACCUCUUCUUCAACUACGCCCUGGUGCUGUACGAGAUGCUGCAGCUGAAGGAGGUGGGCCUGCACAGCCUGAUGAACAUCACCCGGGGAGCCGUGAGGAUAGAGAAGAACCCGGACCUGUGCUACCUGGCCACCCUGGACUGGUCCAAGAUCCUGGACUCGGUGGAGGACAACUUCAUCGUGGCCAACAAGAACGAGCGGGAGUGCGGAGACGUCUGUCCCGGCACGGCGCAGGGUCAGACGGUUUGUUCUCAGAGCACCAUCAACGGACACUUCAGGGGUCGAUGCUGGACUCAGAACCACUGCCAGAGAAUGUGUUUGGACAACUGUAAGCAUGGAGCGUGCAGCCUGCAGGGCCAGUGCUGCCACGACCAGUGCCUGGGCGGCUGCUCCGAGCCGGGGAACGCCAGCAGCUGCGUGGCCUGCAGGAACCUGCAGCACGGCAACACCUGCGUGGAGAAAUGUCCUCCCGGAUACUACGUGUUCAGGGGCUGGCGCUGCGUCAGCUUCAACUUCUGCCAGGAGCUCCACAAUCAGUGCAAGCAGACGAAGAAGCUGAACCAGGACCGCGAGUCGGGCUGCUACGAAUACGUCAUCCACAACGGGGCCUGCAUCCAGGAGUGUCCUUCUGGAUACACCACUAUAACCUCCACUACGUUGACGUGUUCGCCGUGCGCUGGCCUCUGUCCUAAGCUGUGCGUGGGGAACAAGACGAUCGACUCGGUGACUUCGGCUCAGGCCCUGAGAGGCUGCACUGUUCUCCACGGCAACAUGAUCAUCAAGAUCCGAGGAGGGAACAACAUAGCAGCAGAGUUGGAGGCCAGUCUGGGUCAGAUUGAGGAGAUCACCGGCUACCUGACUGUUCGCAGGGCUUACGCUCUGGUCUCACUGUCCUUCCUCCGGAAACUUCGCAUCAUCAGAGGGGAGCAUCUGGAGGGAGAUAGUUAUGCCUUCUACGCGCUGGACAACCAGAACCUCCGUGAGCUGUGGGAUUGGUCCAAACACAAUCUGACCAUCCAGCGAGGCCGCAUGUUCUUCCACUACAACUCCAAACUGUGCAUGUCCGAAAUCAGCAAGAUGGAGCAAGUGACGGGAACCAAGGAGCGCAAUCAGAAGAACGACAUCGCCGUCCGCAACAACGGAGACCAGGCCUCCUGUGAGACGAAGCUGCUGAAAUUCAACCUGAUCAAGACGACGUCCAACAUGAUUAUGCUGAAGUGGGAGCAGUUCUGGCCAUUGGACUUCAGAGACCUGCUGGGAUUUAUGGUUCUCUACAAAGAGGCGCCGUAUAAGAACGUGACGGAGUUCGACGGACAGGACGCCUGCGGAUCCAACAGCUGGGCGAUCGCCGACGUCGACCCGCCGUCUCGCCCCACGGAAGGCAAGAAGGGCGAGGAUCCGGGCCACCUGAUCCGACCGCUGAAGCCCUGGACCCAGUACGCCAUCAUGGUGAAAACCCAGCUGUCUGCGUCCGACGAGCACCAGGUCCACGGAGCCAAGAGCGAGAUCAUCUACGUCCGAACCAACGCCUCCAAGCCCUCUGUGCCUCUGGACCCCAUCUCCUCCUCCAACUCCUCCUCUCAGAUCAUCCUGAAGUGGAAACCUCCCACCAGCCCCAACGGCAACAUCACCCACUACCGGGUCAUCUGCCGCAAGCAGCCCGAGGACAGCGACCUCUACAAGUUCGACUACUGCCUGCAAGGUAUGAAGCUGCCGUCUCGAACGCCUACACACCUGGACAGCGAGGACGAGCAGAAGUGGAACCACACGGACGAGCCGACCUCGGGAGGGAAAUGCUGCGCCUGCCCCAAAACAGACAGUCAGCUGAAGAAGGAGCAGGAGGAGAUCGAGUACCGCAAGACCUUCGAGAACUACCUCCACAACGAAGUGUUCGAGAGCAGGCCGUCUCGUCGCCGUCGCUCGGUGGGAGUCGCCAACGCCACCCUGCCUCCUCUCUUCCUCACCACCAUCCCCAGUCUGCAGUUCGGAUCCACGACGGCGACGCCUGAAGACGAAGACGAAGACCAGGAAGGAUCGAAGGUGGAGUUAAAAGUUUUCUCCAAGGAGUCGACGGUCAUCUCCAACCUGCAUCACUUCACCAGCUAUAAGAUUGAGAUCAUGGCCUGCAACCAUCCGACGGACCUGAAACGCUGCAGCAUGGCGACGUACGUCAGCGCCAGGACGAUGCCGGAGGAAAAAGCCGACGACAUCCCCGGUCCUGUGACCCACGAGAUCGUGAUGGCCGAGCCUCCCUACGUUCUGAUUAAAUGGAACACGCCUAAAUCACCCAACGGCCUCAUCAUCCUGUACGAGGUUUUCUACCGGAAGGUCGGAGACACGGAGGAUCACACGGCCUGCGUGUCACGGCCGGCUUACAUUAAAUCCGGCGGGACGAAGCUUUCUCUUGUGCAGCCUGGAAACUACAGCGUGAGGGUUCGGGCCACGUCGUUGGCCGGAAACGGCUCCUUCACAGAAACCACCUACUUCUUCAUGCCCAACCCGGAUCAAGGUUUGAUAUGGAUCGUGAUCGGUCCAGUCAUCUGCUUCAUCCUGCUGCUGUUCGUGGCCGGUGGAGUCUUUGUGAUCUUCAAGAAGAGACAAACUGAAGGUCCACUUGGAGAUCUCAUCACCUCACCAAACCCUGAGUACUUCAGCGCCAACGACAUGUACGUUCCUGACGAGUGGGAGGUUCCUCGGGAGAAGAUCACGCUGCUCAGAGAGCUCGGUCAGGGCUCCUUCGGGAUGGUCUACGAGGGCAUCGCCAAGGACAUCGUCAAGGGAGACCCGGACACUCGGGUCGCUGUCAAAACGGUCAACGAAUCGGCGAGCCUGCGAGAGAGGAUCGAGUUCCUGAACGAAGCCUCCGUGAUGAAGGCCUUCAGCUGCCACCACGUGGUGCGUCUGUUGGGUGUCGUGUCUAAAGGUCAGCCCACCCUGGUAGUGAUGGAGCUGAUGACCCAUGGUGACCUGAAGAGUUACCUGAGGAGCCUCCGGCCUGACUCGGAGAACAACCCGUCCGGUUGUCCUCCUCCGACUCUGAAGGACAUGCUGCAGAUGGCUGCAGAGAUCGCAGACGGCAUGGCCUACCUCAACGCCAAGAAGUUUGUCCACAGAGACCUGGCAGCCAGAAACUGUAUGGUGGCCGAAGACUUCACCGUCAAGAUCGGAGACUUCGGUAUGACUCGGGACAUCUAUGAGACCGACUACUACCGUAAAGGAGGGAAGGGGCUGCUGCCGGUCCGGUGGAUGGCUCCAGAGUCCCUGAAGGACGGAGUCUUCACCGCCCACUCUGACUGCUGGUCCUUCGGGGUUGUGCUGUGGGAGAUCAGCACACUAGCAGAGCAGCCUUAUCAGGGUUUAUCCAACGAGCAGGUCCUGAAGUUCGUCAUGGACGGAGGAUACCUGGACCGACCGGAGAACUGCCCCGAGAGGAUGCACAACCUGAUGCAGAUGUGCUGGCAGUACAAUCCCAAGAUGCGGCCGAUGUUCCACGAGAUCAUCGAGAUGCUUCGGGAGGACCUGCACCCUUCCUUCCAGGAGGUCUCCUUCUUCUACAGCGAGGAGAACAAAGUCCCCGAGACGGAGGAGUUCGACCUGGACCUGGACAACAUGGAGAGCAUCCCCCUGGACCCGUCGUCUUAUUCCCAGAGAGCGGAGAGCUUAGGCAGGGACAGCGGGCCGUCGGUGGCCCUGAGGGGGAACUAUGAGGAGCACGUCCCCUACACUCACAUGAACGGUGGCAAGAAAAACGGAAGAAUCUUAUCGUUGCCCAGAUCCAGCCCUUCCUAACAUUUCCUUUUUCCUGUAAGAACUUUUCCCCCUUCCCUUCCUUCCCCAUCCCUCCCUCUCUUUCUGUUCCAGUCCAUUUUUCUGUAUCCUUCAUGUUCCUUUCCUCAUUUUCUAAUGAUUUUUCUUAUUCUUGGAGAAGCCCUUCAAAAGGAAAAAAAAAAUCCCCCCCAAAAAAAGACACAGAUCUCAGGACUUAUUUUCUUCCUCACGGCUGCCGAACGCCGGCAAGCAAGGGAUGCAAACAUGGUGUUUUUCUAACUUGCUCCACAAACAUGUCGGACUUCUUACCAGAAUCUAUUGUUUUUCACUAUUGCCACGUUUCCAGGACUCCUCGUGAUGGAAACAAACGGAAAACAAACAAAAAAAAACUGUGAACACAACAAACCUUAGACAACCAAGAAGGCUGCUCAUGCUCAACCUCCUCCAGACUCCUUUUCUCCCACCAAUCUGCAUUUCCACAUUUCUGUGCUUUUUUUUUCCCUCCAAGUGAAAUCUUUUUACUCAGAUAGUGGCCUUUUUGUACGUGGCCUAUAAAAAAGAGAAGUGUCUAUCAGCGCUUACACUAAUUUCCUUUCUGAACAAUGAUUUAAUCAGUGGGAUGACUUGCAAAGACUUGAUCCUAGAACAAACAUCUAUUCCUAGAGGAAUGUGUUUUUUGUUGUUGUUGUUGUUUUUUUUUUUUUCUUUUUGGUUCUGCAGAAUUCCAAACUACACACAGAUUCAUCGGGUGUUUGGUGAAUAGUUUUAAUUUAUUUGCUUUAUUUUCUCUUCUCUGUCUUCUUCUUUCUUGUUUUAUUUCUGUGUCCUCACUAUAUGGCUGAAGGAUAUUUAAACAGUUAAGAUUUGGAGAAAAGAGUUCCUCAGACUGACCAAUAGCUGCUGCUUUGAUAUAUUUUAGUGGGUAUAGAAAUAUAUAAAUAUAUAUAAUAUAUAUAGUAUAUAUGGAAUAUUGGUGUUUCACUACCAAUGUUUUAUAUAUAAUAUAUGACAUUGAUGUUUUUUGUAAAUAGUCCAUAUUUGUAAUAUUUUUCAUCAGAAGCUUUGCUAGUAUUUUGUUUCAUCAGGUUUUUUUUUAAAUUUUCUUAUUUUUAUAGCCCCAGAAAUCACACUAAUCUACCGUUAGUUCUCUCUGUGUCUUAUUCGGCCUCCAGCUUCCCUCGAGUGCUCGCUCCGUCUGGAUGGGAAAAGGGGAAAAGCCCCCUGAUAUUGUAAACUCACUGCAUUAUUAUUAUUAUUAUUAUUAUUAUUAUUUUUUACAAACCGUAUUCCCACCGAGAGCGGUCAACAUUUGGAGGCAACUUCACUACAGCUACGGAUAAAAAAACAAACAGAAUAACCAAAAAAAAGCUUUAUAUAAACGGGGAAUGAGGUCUUUCUAGGUCAAAGUGCGCCUGAUGUGUUCUUCUGUGUCUUUAUCUGGUCGGACCGUGAUGUAGUCGCAGCUUUAUGACGUCUUUUGCCUGAUUUUUGUGCCGGUUGUCUGUUAGAAAGAUGGUCACCCAGCAGUCUUUUCUGGGCAGGAGGUGAAUCAACUUCAGCUAAAAGUGGAUGGAUCUUUUUACUGAGGAUGUCCUGAUCUGAUCGAGGUAUUUUAGAUCUAAUCGGCAUCAAACCUAAGCCAGAUCCUGUCACACAGAUGUGGUAAAGGAAAAGCUAAAUUUGUAUCAGAACGCUAAAAAUGUAGAAUAAUUUUCUCACUCGAUAAUUUCCAGUGUUGUCAAUUAUUCAUUGAUUCAUUUAUGAAAAAUACUGAGCACAGUAGACACGGGAUUUGGAUUGAAAAGCGCUGUUUUUGUCAUUCCUGGUUCGUUUUAAACACGUUAGCACUGGUCAGAGGUCAUUAACCACCACAGAAGUCUUUGUCAUGGUGCCCGUUGCUAGCUAAACCCCCACAUUGCUCUCUGGUUGCUAACGUGAACUACCUGUAGCAACAGAAAGGCUCCAAUUAGUGGCACAAUUAAACAACAAAACACUUUUGACAUGCGUGUAAAGAAUCCAGGUGUUCGCCGUCUUUUAGAGCUUGUAGCGCUUCAGUACGUCUAAAAUCAGCGGAUGGAGGCUGCAGGUUUGAGCAUGCAAUUGGCCGAUCAUUUCUUUUUUGCUAUCUGCCACGACAACAAUAACGACCUCCGAGCGGAGAUCCACAAUGCUUAAAAUUUCAAAAUUUGCUGAAUUCAGGCAACAUUGCGGCUUGUUUUCCGGUGAAUUACCCAUUUUUUAGACAGUUUUCACUAAAACAAUCACACUAAUCACUAUUUUUAAGCGACACCAAAGCUGCAUCUUUACUUAACCUGAGACCAUUAUGAUCGGUUUAAAGAAAUAAAAACAAGCCGCCUAUAGCCCAAUGAUCCUAAGGUGGCUAUUCUUUACUACAGAAUGGUCUGGCUAAGCUAACAGCACACCUGAUCCUCUUAACACUACAUUUCAGGUUUACAACAAGAUUCCUGACCAUCUACAGAACAUUAACGAAGCAGAAAAUGCAGAAAUUGAAUAACUUUAUUGUAAUUAAAGUGUAUAUUCUGACUCGGAUCGGAUCGGGACAUCCCUUCUUCUUGCCUCAGACUUCAAACCGGAGAGCGUUCGCUUCCUAUCUGACCGGCUCAGGACCUUGGAUUUAUCAGAUUCUUUGUUAGCUUUGCUCCGCAGCACCUCCUCGCUCUUCCCGAGGCUUCCUAUUGGCUGAAGUCAGAAUUCGCUCGAUGGAAAUUUCCAUGUUUUGCGGCCGAGGGGCUGGAGACAGAAAGUUCUCCAGUGGCAGGUUGAGGAAAGAGAUCGGCCCGAAUCUCUCUCGUUUUGUUUGAGUCAAUGGUUAAUCCUGUUAUUCUCUGCGAGGCAGUUGAGCAGUCAGGACACGGUGUGCAGCGGCUUUUUCACUCAGCUCUGACAUUCCAGGAUUUAGUCGGAACUCCUCGUUCUCUCCGACUGCUGGCAGAGCUGCUCCCAUCACAGCCGGCUUCCUUCUUGGUAAUCGAAAGCGGCAGAUCCUCCUGACUUUGAUCAGAAACAUUCCUGAAACAGUUAAAGGCGUCCUCGUUCGGAUCCCGUUCGAGGCUGCAGAUAGCUUAGCGAGCGCUCUUUGGAGACGGUUGUUUUUGGACGCUCGGACCGGUGUGGUUGCCAAUCUUAACCUAACAGCAUUCAGUACUUCUAGUAUAGCCAAAGCGUCGGCAGCUUUCUGUUAACAGCAAGAACCUGCAGAGUCGAGAAAACCAAGAAAGCAGAGGGGCUGCCUCCAUGUUUUACCAGUGCCUUCUCAAAACCCAGAGCCGCUUCCGGGCUGAUUUCAUUGGCUAAACACUCACAUGCAGGCCUCAGAGGCAUUUGAAAGAAGAAAAAAGUCAAAGCUGCGUCUACAUCGUAGGGUUACAGAUCCGUUCUUUGUUGUUUUAUUUCUGCAGUGCUUUAGCGGUGACACUGUGGAGGUUUCAGCAAAUUGUUCGGAGGAGUUACAACAAUCCUGGUCUUUUGUACUUUGUAAAUAAUCUGUGACGUAGUUUGGAAAAUAAAAGCAGGAAAAACAAAAAAGACGUAUGAUGAUAAAAAAAAAUUUAAAAACGAGAAUAACGGUGGAUCUGGGCCGUGUCGCGGUUCCACGCUGUUCGGAGACACUACGGUCGGAUUCGCCUCCACCUCCGACCUCGGUUUGCUUCUAUGUUGUGGUGGUGUUCACACACAUAUGCAAUUUUUAAUUAAUUAAGAUGGUGCCCAUAUCUUUGAAAUACCAGAUAUUUAUUUUAUUAUGAUCAUUGUCAUUGUAUAAGAAGACAGUUAGCUUUGUGGUCGAACGGUGUGAUAAAAGCCUAGUUUGUUAUAGCGAGCGGCGGGAUUUAGUUUUUAGCUCGUUAGUGAUUUGUCGUCGUCGUCGUCUUUGUGUUUUUGGCCAGAGUCUACCUCAGUGCAUAUGGAGGAAUCAGUCUAAAGAGCCUAAAUCAUCCCCACUCUUAGAUCUCUUUGUCGUACUUUACCAACACUGCAAUUCCUUCCCCCUCCUGUCAGUGUCUCUCGCUUCUUCUUGUGGCCUCGGGGGGUAAAUUUUAAUCAAUCAGCUUAUUUUAAAGGUUCGGUGCAGAGUUUCAGAACAACAGAGCUGAUCGUGAAGCCAGUUUACUGCAGCUGCGGUUAAACGCUGCAGUAAACUGGCUUCACGAUCAGUUUUAACUGAUCGAUGAAAUUCCAGGUCACUGGAAGAAGCGCUGUAGCUUUAUGGUGUCUAUUUAUCCCCAUUUUCCGUCACCGCCGAUCCUCCAGACUGUAUGUAGUAGCGGCUCUACUGAUAUCUGUGGAUGUGACAUUAGCAUGAGUCAGCAAAAAAUAUAAGGCAAACCAUGACUCAGUGCAUAUCUGUGAUCACCUACAUGCAGCCAAGGCGAACCGUCAUGCUUUUAUUUUUCAUUUCCCUUGUUAAAAAUCCCAUCUGGAAGCCCUACUCUGUCGAUCUGUGUCUUUGUGGUCGAGAAAAAAACAAAAAUCCCACUUCUGAUUAUAAUCUCUGUUUGUUUUGUGUGUUGUUUUUUUUCAACUGUGAAUAUCAAGAGAUGACCUUUAUUUUCUGUCAACGCCAUGGAUGGGCGGCGGAUCGGACGUCUGGGCCGGUUAUAAAGUUUUAAUAACGAGGAGGAGGAGGAGGACUCCUUUCCUCUGGAACGGAGAGAAAAGCUGGACUGGGACAAUCCUGUGUGCCAUAAGAACUAUUAACUGACAUGAAAUCUAGAUUGUAACUUCUUUUUCGUCUCAGGGAGGCGGCCCGAUACUUUGCGGGGGUUGGAGGAUAAAGAGGAUGAGGAGGAAGAAGAGCUACCUACCUAACCUUUUAUCUACUCUGACUGACAGCAUCCUUGCAAAAAAAUAAAAUGAAUGGGGAAAAAAAUGCAAAGCAGUGAUGACAUGACAAGAACCAAGGACACAACGAGAGAGAAAAGAACCCUUUUCGUUUCAUAAAUCUGAAUUUUGCCCUGUGAAGAUAAUCAGGAGUCCUCCUCUGGCGCCCUCUAGUGGUCGGACGGGAGCGUUGCAGGUCAGGGGCGAAGCUAACGGGGCCCCUACCCAUAGUGCCUUGCUCAGACUUAACACCUGAUCCCUCCCACACCUGAGCUGUGUCUCCACCAAUCACCGAAGAGGAUUUUCCCCCCCAAACCUGAAAUGAAAUCUGUUGUAUUUUUUUAUUAUUUUCUUUAGUGAAAAACAUUCUGCUUGUUGAUGAAAAAUAAUAUACUGUAAUGUGGGAUUCAUGACUGAUGAUUUUUUUUUUUUUUAACCAAAAAUGAAAGAAAAAAGAAAGAGAGAACCAUGUGUGUCUGCUCAGCUCUGGCUUCGCUUUGUGCAUGGAAACCUGUAGAUCAGCAGACAGCUUGACAAUUUGAUGAUUUUUUAACUUUUAUUUUUUGCUCCUCAUCGGUCGGCAGCGUUACAAAACAGAAACAACACACCGUUGUCGCGUUACAGUUUGGGAUUCAUUCGAUGUAUUUUAAUUUGUUCAGAUAAAUAAGCUCUUAAACUGUAAAUAGCAGCAGAUUCUUCUCAUUUCUGGCCCCUGAGAAACAAAAAGCACUUGAUUAUAGGGAUGUUUAGUCGUGUUUUGUUGAGCUGAACACGUCACAGCGCAGGGUGAGAACAAACAUUGUAUGUAUUAUUGUUUUAAAGAUUUAAAAAGAAGUAUUAAAUUUUAGAGAUGUUGAUUUCUAUUUUUUUUAGCCAAAGUAGGGAGGACAAAUACAAUUACUUUUUUCUGACUGUAAAACUUUUACUACUCUUGUACAUUAUGAAUUUAACAUCGUUAUCAAUGUGUAUAUAACUUUUUUUUUCUAAAUUUAAAGACGGAUAGAUUUUUUUUUCUUUUCGUGACACAGAAUACAACAGUUUGAGUCCGAGGGCUGCGCAACACGACACCAACAGUUUUUUAAACCCGAUGCAUGUUCUGAACGUCGGCCGAGAUAAAUAAAAAAUGAAAAAAUAAAGCAGUCACAGCAGGAUGUCACCCAUACAGCCUUUUUAUUCGUCGUGUCACCGGUUCAUCACCUAUUACGGAUGGUUUUUUUGUGUCUGACAAGAGACCUGAGUAUAGUUUGCAAAUGUGUUUUUAUUUUUUACUUUUAAAUGACGUGAAAAACUGGAAAAGACCACUGCACAUCCUUUUUGAAGAAGAGGAAACACGAGUGAUAAAAUCCUGAAUAAGCUAAAAACACAUAAAAAUCUUGUAAAUCUCUUCGACUGUAAAGCUGGAGGUGUUGAAGGAGGGAAAAUGUGAGUUGAAUUAGCAGAUUAAAGCUCUCUGAUGAACACAUUUUGCAUUAGGCUGUUUACUUCAUGCAGAAACCAAAGUGAAAAAAGCAUUUUUGUUGUUUUAUUUCAGCUCUUUUUUAUUAUUUCCUGGCAGAUUCCAAGAGUUCAGAUUAAACAAUGUGUUAAUUAUUGAGCUUUAACGAGCACGUUUCCCACAAUUUCUGUUCCUUUAAAGAGGCUAAACAUGAAACACCUUCUGCUCUGAAGGAACUGUGACAGAUGUGAGGAAGAAGCAGCCUCUUUGCGGCUCUUUUUUGAGUCGGUCCAGUGGUCUGCUCCAGUUUUACGCCGAUGAUACCCUGAUAUUCGUGUCGGUCCCGUUCCUUGUGCUUUGUGUCGUCUGAAGCAGUGGAGUCGAGUCUAUGUUGUCGGCUUUCUUCGUCUCCGAUCGCUCCUUCUUCCUCCUCUUCCUCAUCAUUAUUAUUAUUAUUAUUAUUAUUAUUAUUAUUAUUAUUUCUGUGUCUUCAAGUCUCUCCUCGGUGCACAUAGGUGGUCCCCAGAAUGCUGUGUGUAGUCUUGCAGGAUACCUCUUUUAUUAAUGUCAUUUUUAUUGCCGAUGAAUAUGCUGAUGUAUUAAUUUUUUUUUUCUUUUGGGAUAUGUUGUGUAUACGUUAUUUUUGAGUAUGCAGACAGCAGGUGUAUAUGUGUGUAUGUACAGUCCGGAUAAAAAAUAAUAACCCCGAAAAACCUGCAAAAAAAAAAAAAAAAACACCCCACAGAGAUCGCUUCAUCCCUCACACUGGAUCCAAAUGUGCCAUUAUCUUUAUGUAUCACAAAUAUCAACAUGUUGAAAACACACUUUCUCUCUCUCACACACACACACACACACACACACACACACACACACACACACACACACACACACACACACACACACACACACACACACACACACACACACACACACACACACACAGAAAAACAUAUUGCAUAUUGUACAGGAUCAAAAAUGUGCCAUGACUAAAUGAACGCUUGACAAUUUAUUUUUUCUAUGUUUUCAAAGGAGAGCCAAGUAGUGACAUGUACAGAAGAUGUUGCAAUGAUAUGAAAAUAAAAAUCUUGCUGUGUGUAAAUUAUUCAACAAUUAACUGUUUAUAUUAAAAUUAUGAAUAAAAUUAUUGGAGAAUUCG